GGCCCCAGCCAUGGAGGGCAUGGACGUGGACCUGGACCCUGAGCUGAUGCAGAAGUUCAGCUGCUUGGGCACCACCGACAAGGACGUGCUCAUCUCUGAGUUCCAGCGGCUGCUCGGCUUCCAGCUCAACCCGGCCGGCUGCGCCUUCUUCCUGGACAUGACCAACUGGAACCUACAAGCAGCAAUUGGCGCCUAUUAUGACUUUGAGAGCCCAAACAUCAGUGUACCCUCUAUGUCGUUUGUUGAAGAUGUCACCAUAGGAGAAGGGGAGUCGAUACCUCCAGAUACUCAAUUUAUAAAAACAUGGCGGAUCCAGAAUUCUGGGGCAGAGGCCUGGCCUCCAGGGGUUUGUCUUAAAUAUGUCGGGGGAGACCAGUUUGGACAUGUGAACAUGGUGAUGGUGAGAUCGCUAGAGCCCCAAGAGAUUGCAGAUGUCAGCGUCCAGAUGUGCAGCCCCAGCAGAGCAGGAAUGUAUCAGGGACAGUGGCGGAUGUGCACUGCUACAGGACUCUACUAUGGAGAUGUCAUCUGGGUGAUUCUCAGUGUGGAGGUGGGUGGACUUUUGGGAGUAACGCAGCAGCUGUCAUCUUUUGAAACGGAGUUCAACACACAGCCGCAUCGCAAGGUAGAAGGAAACUUCAACCCGUUUGCCUCUCCCCAAAAGAACCGACAAUCAGAUGAAAACAACUUAAAAGACCCUGGGGGUUCCGGGUUCGACUCGAUCAGCAAAAACACAUGGGCUCCUGCUCCUGACCAAACCGAGCAAGAUGAGAAUAGACUCUCACAGAACUCUGUAAAUCUGUCCCCCAGCAGUCCCGCAAACAACUUAUCAGUAGUGACUUACAGUAAGGGGCUCCACGGGCCUUACCCCUUCGGCCAGUCUUAAACGGGUGUCGGCAAGAAGAAAAAUUAACAAAAGACAGAAGGCCUGACUUUGGGUGGGGGGGAGGGCAAGGGGUUCCUCAGGAUUGCAGACCACAUCGCAUGGACCCCUGGCUCGACCCCCCGAUCCUGGAAGAAGAGGAAGAAGCAGAACAGACUAGUUUUGAGUAAACUCAGUGCGCAUGUGUGAGUGCUGAACCGCGGGAAUGGUGUUGAGGCUACUAAGAAGAAAUCCAUGCAGCCACCUUGGGUUUUGUUUAAUAGGCGUCAGUCUAACAAGUCAUUAGGUCACUUGGGAAGGAAAACAAAUUUUAAUGGGGGAAAAAAAGCCAUCUUUUUAAACAAAAAUUAUUUUGCCUACAGACAGGUUGUAGUUUUGAGCACAUGUUAAUUUUUUGCCCUCUUGCCCCACUUUUGUUUUCAGAGAAGGGACAACAUGCCCUUUAUAGAUUAGCUGCUUGCUCUGGAACCGAUUCAGGUUCAUAGCUGGUGUGGCAUAUGUGGGGACUCUGGGUCGGUGCCACAGGAGGACAUCUCCUGGGCCUCAUGACUCCUCCGGCUUCUGAUCCCAUUUGUUUUUAAUGGCAUCAGCCAGUGAGUUCUCAUCCUCUUUCUCUUCUUUUCUCGUUAAUCUUCUGUUGAUUUACACCUUUAACAUUAGUAUUCAUCAACCCCUGUGGCUUGUUACCAUCAGAACCUCUCUGAAGACCAAACUUCCCUGUGUGGCCAGCAGAGAAAGCCUUGAGGACAGAUCUUGGGUGACAUGGGAGUUCCCUGGGCCCGAAAGGUGCCCCUCUGCGCACACUUAACAGUUCAAAUUGCUUUUCUUCCAUGUUUCUCUUGAUGCAGAGGAUUGCCAUCACACUUAAUGCUCUUUUGGAUUCUUCGUACACAGUGGCUCCCCAUUCAUUCUGGGAACAGUGCCUCUGUGCUGUGUAUGUGUGUGCCACGUGCAUGUGCACACACACACACACACACACACACACACACACUGGGUGUUGGUGCCACUCACCAGCAGGUGUGCAGCAGGCGGGUGGAAAGGCGUCCAGGCUUCUCUUUUGUCACACAACUCCCUUCCCUGUGUUUCCCUCCCAUUGUCCUUUGUGGUAUUUUCAUAGCCUGUUAGUGGAGGCUGAGCUGUUAAGGUAUGAAAAUACAGCCCCGAGUGGGGAAUUGGCCACGGGGAAGGGCCACAGUUAACUAUGUGAUUGUAGAGACCACAUUUUGAUGUAAGGAGAGCACCCCUCCCCGAGCUGGGUGCUUGGUUAUUGGGAAGUGGUGGGUGAGGGGCAGCCUAGCCAGAGCAGAGGUUCAUUGGCUGGCUACCCACAUGGGCGUGUGGCCCCACCAGCAUCCUAUGGAUUCCAAGCCGGUUGAGAUGUGGAUCUCUCCGUGGGAAGCUUGAACCAGGCUAGAACAGCUGUCUGCCAAAGAUACAAGAAUAUGCAACGUCCCUCUUCUCUUUUCUUCUCACCCCCUCCUUCCCUUGAGUCUUGGUUGAUUUGAUAGCCGGGGAUAUGGAUCUCGGGUGUGAUUGUAGGGUCACCUGCCUGUUACCACCACCCCCACCCGCACUGGGGGUGUGAGACAAACAGGGAGACCAGGUGAUGAGUGGCUGCAAGGGGUCAUAUAGCCUGGGUGUGGGUGAGGGUCUGCCUGCCCGUCUGUCUCUGUCUGGAUGUCUCAGUUCCAAAAAUGUGUGUUGUUUGUUCCUCCUCAUCCUCUUCUGAAACUGUUGUUUUUUAAAGCUUGAUUGUGAGAGAAAAGCUUGUAUGAAAUUUCCCCCUUCACCUCCCUACCUCCCAAAAAGUAAAAGGCAGGAUAAACUUUGGUCCACUGGGAAAGCACUGGGGGAGGGUGGAGCCAGCCCAGUGAGAAGGGCUGUGCAUCCAGGUCUGGGGCUGAACUGAUAGGGCUCAUGCUGGAGCACCCGUUUGCAGUGCACGUGAGCAGAGCCAGGGGGUGGGGGGGGUCCCUGCUGGGUGCUCAGGCCAUCACUGGCCCAAGCCAGGGACCUAUGAUGCCUUUUUGUCUGAGGGGCCUGUUAGGCCCAGAUCGCCACUACUGUUGGUGCCCACCCCCUGGGACACUGCCGCUCUGGAUCCCACAUGUGCCCAGCCAUUCUGCUGGUUUGAGAGCCCUCAAAACAGCACACCUCCAGCUGCUCUGGGCAGUAUUGUGGAGGCUUUAUGUCACCUGGCUUCCUGGCUUUCUCAUCUGCCCUGUGCCAGGGCCCCCCUCCCUGAUUCCCAGGAGGAAGUACCUGCCUUUAUUCAGCAGGAGUUUUAACACGUCACCAUUAGUGGGUCUGGCCCUGCAGAGGCGUCUGCUCCUCCUCUUGCUUGUAGCAAUGUGACUUUCCCCAGCACGUUGACUUCCCUCCCAAGAACAAACCAUCUCUGUACACAUCCUUGGAGGUGAGCUCUUUACAGAGGGCCAGAGCAAGCACAAGCCAUGGAGUAGGGGUCGAAGGAGUCCCAUUCAUUCUGCCCCCUCUCACUGGUUUGAGUUCUGAGCAGUGUCUCGAGUCCCCCUCUCCCCCCUGCCUAGAGUGGUGGUAGGGGUGCCCCUCUCAGCCCCAGUAGGUUCUGCUCCUCUGGGACUCUUCUGCAAAAGGCAGGACCCCCGGUGUCUGGCACCCAUGAGAUGAGGCAGACAGCAUCCUUAGGGGCCUGAGCCCAGCAAGGGAGGCAGAGGGCUCAGGCCUGGAAGAACCUGUUGUGUGCAUGGAGUGAGGUGUGUGUGGAUGUGUGUUCGCGUGCAUGCCUUUUUUUUCUUUUUGCCAUGGGGACAGUUGAAUUUGGGGUAUUUUUCUACAAGAAACAGCCUUCUCUCCCCCAGUUAGGAUUGGCUGUAACCUUAAGCUCAUCCUAGAACCUCACCAAGACAGCUAGUGUGGCUUGAGGGUGGCCAGGAUGGGAUCCCCAAAUUCAAUCAGAGCCCCAGUGGGAGAGGACGGUUGGGUGGCCAGGGCUCAGAAGUGCAGGCUGAUUCCCCACCCCGCCCUGCCUUGCCUUUCCUUCAUUUCCUUGGGUGAGUGCUGGAGCAGCAGCGGCUGCCUCUCCCCCUGGACGGUGGUGUGGAGCAAGCAAGCUGGUGGGUGUUUGUGGUCGGGCCUCAUGGUGCCUGGGAGGAGACGAAGAUGGGGAGGCUUUUCCUUACUGUAUAAAUGAAUAUUUGUAUGAUUAAAUUAACACACACACCAAAAAAAAAAAAAUACUA